AUGAACAUGGGUGGCAGGACCCCGGCGACGAUCCGGUGCAAGUACUGCAGCGCGUGCCUCACUGUGUGCCCCGGCGAGCGCUCCGUCCAGUGCACGCAAUGCUGCAGCGUGACGCGCAUCCGGCGGUCGUUGUCCUCGCGGGUCCCGCUGCCGGCGCUGACGAGGCCGGCGGCGGCGGCGCCCAUGGGCGCCUUCCCGUGCGCCCGCGGCAAGAAGCGCGCCGUCCUGGUCGGCAUCUCGUACGCCAGCGUGCGUCGGGGCUGCGGCCAGCUGAGGGGGCCCAUCAACGACGUCAAGUGCAUGAGGCAGCUCCUCUGCCAGCGCUUCGCCUUCCCCAGCGACGGCAUCAUCAUGCUCACUGGAUGCAAUCGUCCAUGCAUUUCGAUCUCUCUCAAGAAACUAAUUGAUGCAUGGGGGCAACUCCAGUGCGUGCAGAUGACCAGAAGGACCCGUUCAGGCUACCGACCAAGGACAACAUCCGCAUGGCGAUGCAAUGGCUGGUGUAGGGGGUGCAGCAACGGCGACUCCCUAGACGCCGACAAGGACUGCGACAAGCUGGACGCGUACGACGAGGCCAUCUGCCCGCUGGACUCGUUCCAGAAGGGCCCCAUCCUGGACGACGAGAUCAACGAGACCAUCGUCCGCCCGCUGGUGCACGGCGCCAAGCUGCACGCCGUCGUCGACGCCUGCCAUAGCGCCACCGUCCUCGACCUCCCCUUCCUCUGCAACAUGUCUAGGACCGGGAACUGGCAGUGGGAGGAUCACCGUCCCCCGUCGGGCGUCUGCAAGGGCACGAGCGGCGGCCAGGCGGUGCUCAUCAGCGGCUACAGCGACGGCAAGACCAAGUUCAGCGUGACGCCGGAGGCCUGCGCGACGGUGGGGGCCAUGACGCACAGCUUCAUCAAGGCGGUGGAAUGCGAGCCGCAGGGGGUCACCUACGGCCGCCUGCUCACCUCCAUGAAAGCCAUCAUGACCAACGCCGGCGGCUGCAACCAGAUGCAGGGUCCUAUCGGCGCCGGCGCGCCCGCCCGCAAGGUCUCAAACUUCAGCGGCGUGCAGGAACCUAACCUGUCCUGCUCGGAGAUGUUCGACGUCUAUCGCAAGCCUUUUGCGCUGUAA